AUGGUUAAUUUUCAUGAGCUUCAAGAGCUUUUUCUCCUAAGUCACGCUCAUGGCAUUUUGGAUGACGAAGAGCUGCUGAUUUUGUACGAGGAGUAUUGGCCAAAAAAUCCCGACUUUUGCUAUGAGAAUUACGAAAGGUUUUCUCUUGAUGAUAUGAACGAUGCAGAGUGCUUGGCCGAGUUCAGGUUCAGAAAACACGAUCUUCCACUUCUCGCCGAGGUCCUUCAAAUACCAGACAGUUUUACUUGUUCCCAAAGAACCGUAACAAGUGGAAUGGAAGGACUUUGUGUUCUUCUUAGAAGGUUAUCUUAUCCCUGCAGAUUCAGUGAUAUUAUUCCACGAUUCGGCAGACCAGUACCAGUCCUUAGUAUGGUCAGCAAUCAAGUACUUGACUAUAUAUAUGACAUUCACGGCCACAGAAUCACUCAGUGGAAUCGCCAAAUUCUCUCUCAGCCCUUGCUGCAACUGUAUAGCGACACUAUUGCUGCCCAUGGUUCUGCCCUAGACAACUGUUUUGGCUUUGUUGAUGGGACUGUUCGUCCAAUUUGCAAACCUGGAGAACAUCAAAGAGUGGUCUAUAACGGGCACAAAAGAGUACAUGCUCUGAAAUUUCAGUGUGUUGCCCUUCCCAAUGGUCUGAUAGGUCAUUUAUAUGGACCAGAAGGUAUGAAAUUGUUACCCUUGAUUUCUUCUGCUUUGAUGAUUAGUGUUAAUUUUUUUUUUCUAAUUUUCAGAAGGAAGAAGACACAAUGCAGGCAUGCUGGCAGAUUCAAGACUCCUUAAUGACCUCCAAGCAUUUUCAAAUUCCCCUUUUGGAAAUCCAUACUGCAUUUAUGGUGAUCCGGCAUACCCUUUAAGAAUACACCUUCACCCCCUUUUAGGAAUAGAGUCUUAA